AUGUCUGCAGUUUGGCGAUGGUUCACGGGCUUGUCAAAAACUUCUAGGCUCGCACUAGGAGGCGGCUUGAUAGCAUACGGCCUCGUCGGCGACUAUCUGACUGACACAGUCGGGGAUGCCUUUGGUCUGACUCCAACUGAGCAGGACAAACAGAAACUGAAGAGCAUGAUCCCGAAGAUAUCUACGGUGGACAAACCCGGUCACACCCCACAGGAUAAAGAAAUCGAGGCCCAGCUAGCUGAAUUGAAGAGGAAUCGCGAUAAUUAA